ACAAAUUUAUUAGCCCAUGACAUAUGAUAUUCAAAACUCUACACUUGGUAUUGCAUACAACUGUUCCUGUGCUAGUAUUUCUAUCAAUGAAAUUAAGCAUAUGAUAAGGGCCUUUCAAAAACAUGAUGCCGAUGACAACACCAAAGAUGGUGAAACAUAUAUUUACUAAAUGUGAAAUAGUAAAGGAAAGCACAUUAAAUUAGAUUUUUGAAAUUCAGUAUUGUAAGAUCGUGCGUCAUCAACUAGUCAAUCAAAAAGAGUAGGAAAUAAUCGCCAAGUUCGUUCAACCGAAAUUUGUCUGUGGAUGAAAAUGGCUAUUAACCAAUCAACAUUAUUCAAUCAAGAAAUCAGCACUUCGAUACCCUCCAGAUAGAUCGAUUGUCGCUGUUAUGGAUAACGAAAAUUUUAAAAACAUUUCGAUGUUACAAAACACUACUUUCGACGACACAGCCGACGAACUAUGGGACAACUUCACGCACUUCCUCAAAGCCACCAUCAUGGGCAGUAUUAUCGUCGCCUCUAUCCUUGGAAAUCUACUCGUCAUCGUUUCCGUCAUGCGACACCGGCGUCUUCGUGUCAUCACCAAUUACUAUGUAGUGUCCUUAGCUCUGGCUGAUAUGCUGGUAGCUAUGUUUGCCAUGAGUUUCAACUUCAGCGUUGAAGUGUUCGGUCGCUGGUUAUUCAGUUACACCCUGUGUGACGUUUGGAAUAGUCUAGAUGUGUACUUUUCGACUGUGUCCAUAUUGCAUUUGUGCGACAUCAGUAUUGAUCGAUACUACGCUAUCUGUAAACCCUUAAAAUAUUCCCUCCACAUGACUAAGAAAGUGGUGGCAUUAAUGUUGGUAAAUAGCUGGGUAAGUCCCGCAUUUCUUAGUUUUCUUCCAAUCUUUAUGGGUUGGUACACAACAGAAGCUCAUCAAGAAUUCAGACGACAACAUCCCGACGAAUGUGUUUUUGUCGUCAACAAAGCCUAUGCUGUAAUUAGCAGUAGCAUCAGUUUUUGGAUACCAGGAUCUAUCAUGAUUUAUAUGUAUCUUCAGAUAUUCAAAGAAGCAAACAGACAAGAAAAGGAGAUGUUUAACCGACAUGGGGCCGCAUUACUUUUACAUGCAAACAACACAAAUGGUGAUAUGCUUUCCAACUCGGGAGGAUCAUCAAAAACGUUAACUUUAAAUGAAAUUAAUCAGGAUCUCCAUCAUACACCGACGAGAGAACGCAGCAUAAGUAGGAUGAAGAGAGAACACAAAGCAGCUAGGACACUGGGCAUUAUCAUGGGAAUUUUCAUUCUCUGCUGGCUACCUUUUUUCCUCUGGUACGACAGCGUCUCCCUCUGCACGACAUGCGAAUGCCCCCACUUGGUAGUCGCCAUCCUCUUCUGGAUCGGCUACUUCAACUCCACCCUGAACCCGCUCAUCUACGCCUACUUCAACAAAGACUUCCGAGAAGCGUUCAAGAACACCCUGCAGUGCGCCUUCUGCUCGCUGUGUCAGCGUCCACCCUCCGACCUCAACUACGUGGACAACCGACGUCCGUCGAUCAGGUACGAGGACAGGACGCGCAGUGUCUACUCCGAAACAUACUUGAAACAUGUGGACAGGAGGUGUUCGGACUUUGGGUCGACGCUCUGAGUGGAUCUCACUAGUAGCCGAUUGACAACGACGAGUUUCUGAUUAGAGACGUUUGUGUAAGAGGUUAGUCUGGAAAAAGUAAGAUUCUAAAUGGUUUAUUGUUAUUUUUUUAAUAUAAUGACUACUUAGCUGUUUUUUUUUUAUUAAAUUACAAUGAGUCAAGACAGAUUUCGAUAGAUAACAUUCAAAAAAUGAGGGAAAAUAAAAUUUGCCUGUGAAAUAAAAUGAUAGAACGACUGUCGGGAACUAUUAGAGAUUAUCUCGUUGGACAGACUAUACUUUCUUUAUUAUGGAACUUAACAAAUACAUAAAACAGAAAUAUUAUAGCAGUAUUUAAUUUCAGAUACUUACGUGAGUAAUUACUAAAUAUUUGAGAAAAUAUUCUUUACUGGUCGUCAUUAAAUUAUUAUUUUACAUUUAAUUUUUGAGCAAUGGAAUAGAAAUAAUUCACACUUUUUAUACGAGUUUUUAUUUUCACAAUUUUAUAUUGC